CAAAAUCAUUUCAGUUUUUGUGUCAACAGUUAAACAGUUAACACACACAACGUAUAAACCCUAGCCUGCUGCUCUGCACACUCGUCUCUUCCACCACUCUCCCCGCUCGUAUCUCCUCUGGACGGAUCAGAGUAGGAGCCAUGAAGAAGUGCCAUAGACCGUGAAACAUGAUAUCCGUUAUGAAGCAACGGUUAAUGGUUAGGGCGUUUACGAAAACGCUAACGCUGAUUCCGCUCUACCGUCCUUCACGCACCGCGUUUUGUACUGCUUCUUCAAGUUUUGCUAUCAAGAAUGUCACUAAGUCCAACUUUGAUUCGUCUCUGGCCGACCUUCGGCGACACGUCCGAGACUCUGAUUUUGUGGCGAUUGAUUUGGAAAUGACGGGAGUCACGAGCUCCCCGUGGAGGGAGUCAUUUGAGUUUGAUAGAUUUGAUGUUCGGUAUCUCAAGGUGAAGGAUUCUGCUGAGAAGUUUGCUGUUGUUCAGUUUGGAGUUUGUCCCUUUAGGUGGGACCCAACCAAGCAGUCGUUUAUUGCCCACCCGCAUAACUUUUACAUAUUUCCGAGGCAAGAAGUUGGAGCUGACGACUCGUCUUAUGAGUUCCUGUGCCAGACUUCCUCAAUUGAUUUCUUGGCGAAGUACCAGUUUGAUUUCAAUAUGUGCGUGAAAGAAGGAAUAUCUUAUUUAUCCAGAGCACAAGAAGCCGAUGUUAGGCUCCAGUUACAUUCAUCACAUGAAUACGAGCCAUUAGACUCACAAGUCACAUCUAAAGAUAUUAAAGAUGUUCCGCUGGUCAGAAUGGCAGAUAUUCUUUUUGUGGAGAGAAUGAGGAACAAGAUCAGUGAUUGGCAUGAUGACCUGUUACAGAUUAGAAACGGAGGGUCCCAAAGGACCCCUGAAGAUUCUAAUGUCUCAGUUAAUCAGUUUCAAACUAUUUUCUUUAAGACGCGUCCAGCCAUCAAAUUGGAUGCGUUCACUUCCCGCCAACUAAGGUUGAUUAAGUCGGUUGUAGAAAAGAGCUUUAAUGAUUUAGCAUACAUUCGUGUGAGUGAUGGUUCAUGUUUUCAACAAAUUAUCGUCUACACCGACUCUAGAUUGGAUCGAGACUUGCUUAUGAAAGAGGUUAAAGAAAGCCACUUGAAGGAAGCAGAAAUGAAGAUUGAAGCUGCCAUCGGCUUCCGACACGUGAUUGACCUCCUUUCCUCUGAACAAAAGUUGAUCGUUGGCCAUAACUGUUUUCUUGAUAUUGCACAUAUAUGUAGAAAGUUUGUGGGCCCUCUUCCUUCGAGUCUAGAGGAAUAUGUACCAUUAGUUCAGAAUACCUUCCCAUUCAUAAUUGACACGAAAAUCCUUCUGAAUGCAAAUAACAUACUGCAAUUAAAAAUGAAGAAAAGUAGCACGUCACUCGCCAAAGCUUUUGCAAUUCUGUGUCCACAUAUUGCUUCUGGUGUCGGGAGUUUUGGUUCUGCUCUUAAUAGUUCUGUUGCUGUAGAGGUUCAAGUCGAUGAUAUGAGGUCAUCAAAUUGGAACUCGGGAGCUAAACAUGAAGCGGGUUACGAUGCUUUCAUGACAGGCUGUAUUUUCGCCCAGUCAUGCAAUCAUCUCGGCAUCGAUUUCACCUCUCACUCAAUGUUGACGAAACAAGACAAGCUUCAACACUACAUCAAUCAUCUAUACCUCAGCUGGUCUAGCGGAGACAUAGUUGACCUAAAAACCGGUCAAACUAGAACCGAAUCUUCCGCACUCAACAGUUACAAGACCCAACAACCGAAGAUUCUGUUUCCAAAUAUCGUCAUAAUCUGGGGUUUCUUGUCGAAGCUCAAAGCGAGGGAGAUUAAAGAAUCGUUGACCAAAGUCUUCGGGUUGACUUCCGUUACAUCCAUCUUCCACUUGGAUAAGACCGCUGUGUUUGUUCAGUUUAGCAAACCGGAAUUAGUUUCUGAUUUCUUGAAACUGAAAUCCGAGAUGGAGAAGAAGAAGAACGACGCGAUUUACGUUCUGCACCCGUUUUCGGACCUUCUAGAAGGUGGGCUUACAGGUGCUGCUUGUUAUGAGGUGUAUAAAGAGAUUUGCGAGUCGCCUGUUUCAAAAGUCUUGUUUGCUGAUCAAGCUGAAGCGGUUUGUGUUAAUUCGGAAGCGAAAGUGUUGAGAAGUAUGGCCCACAAAACUGAUUCUUUUGCUGAUUCAGAAUCUGCAAUUGAUAGUAAGACAGCAGAAACUAGUGGAGAAAUAUUAGGUUUGGUAUCCUGCUGAGACUUGUAUUGCAAGUUACUUCAUCUUUUUAUAGUGAAAGAAGAUAUUUACUUCUGUUUGAUCAAUAUAUUGAUUCUGAUAUCACUUUAGAAAUUUCUGUUAAUUCUUUGAUUAUGUUUACAAUA